CUUUGGUGAUUGAGUUAGUGUUAUUUUUAGAUUUGUCACAAGUGUUUUUCAAGUUAGUGCUUUGAUUAUGACACACACACAAGACCUCUUUAUUUUUUUUAAACCUUCAAAAAAAAUCACACUUGUCACAACAUUUUGCAAAUUUUUUGUUUUUUUUGGUCAAGUUUGCAGUUUUUGACACCAUGGCAAACACAAGAGCUGUCGUUAUUCAGUUUUUUGUGACCCUUUGUUUUACCGUGUUUCCUGGGAAAAAAACCUUUGAGUUAGUGUUAUUUUUAGAUUUGUCACACAAGUGCUUUGAUUAUGACACACACAAGACCUCUUGUUUUUUUUUUUUAAACCUUCAAAAAAAAAAAUCACACUUGUCACAACAUUUUGCACAUUUUUUUGCCAAGUUUGCAGUUUUUGACACCAUGGCAAACACAAGAGCUGUCGUUAUUCAAUUUUUUGUGACCCUUUGUUUUACCGUGUUUCCUGGAAAAAAAAACCUUUGAGUUAGUGUUAUUUUUAGAUUUGUCACACAAGUGCUUUGAUUAUGACACACACACACAAGACCUCUUUAUUUUUUUUAAACCUUCAGACACAGUAUACACAUUUUGUUCCAGUUUUACAGUGGUUAACUUGUGUGACCAACCUUUUAACACUUGUCCCAACAAUGUUUUGCACCUUUUGCUUUUGUGAAGUUUGCACAUUUUGAUUUUUGUUUUGAUUUUGACACACACAAGAGCUCUUGUUAAGAAGUUAUUUCAUACAUUUGUGACAAGUUUCUGUUUUGCUUUUUGAAAACACCAUACACAAGAAAUUUUUCCCCUUUUACACAAACUGCGCACAUGCCGCCUGGAUCAGACACAACAUCCGCAAGAAGGAGUGUUGCUUCUUUAAAAAAGGUGCCAGAGAGGAUGUGUGCAUGUGUGGCUACGGGAAGAGCCAGCAUGCGGCCGAGGCCAUCAAAGAGGAGGACUUCGACGGCGAGGUGUGGGACGCACACAGACAUGUUCGUGAAGUACCCACAGACGCUUUCGGGGACCUCAGCUUUGGUGGUUUGAGGCAGAUGACGACCAAGCCUUGCCCAGACCCUAGCUCCAGUGGCCCCCAGAACUACGAGGACCUGGUGUCCUUCCUGAAGACUUGGGGUCCCUACCAGAGGCGCAUCUUCUCCCUGCUGUGUCUUGCUGUCAUUCCCACGGGGUACAACCUUAUGUCACCCCUCUUCCUAUUGGCCACGCCCAUGCAUACUUGCAGCAUCCCCGACCACGCCAACCUGAGCCAGGACUGGAUCCAAAUCAGCAUCCCAAUGGAGCUGGUUGAAGGACACUUGAAGCAGAGCAGUUGUCGCCGCUUUGAGCUGGCCUUCAUCCAGAACCAGAGUGCGCUGGGACUACGCCCAAGACCAGAAUUAAACGUCCUGCUGUCGUCGGGCUUGAAGCAGGAAGUCUGUAAGGACGGUUGGACCUUCAGCAAGGAGCACUACGAGUCCACUGUUGUCACUGAGUUUAGUCUGGUUUGUGAGGACCAGUGGAAAGGACCUUUGACCUCUGUUGCCUACUUCUUGGGUGGACUGUGUGGAUGCUUCAUUUCGGGUCAGAUCUCUGACAGACUGGGCAGGAAGCCAGUUCUACUGGGUUCCAUCGCCCUGCUCAGCAUCUUUAGCGGCACUUUGGCUCUGGCGCCGUCCUGGGAGGUCUUCACCGUCCUCUUCUUCAUGCUGGGCUUGGGACAAAUUAGCUGCUACGUCGCCAUCUUUGUGCUUGGGUCAGAGAUCCUUAUGGGUCCAACCAGAGUUCUGUUCUCCAGUCUGGCUAUGCCCUUCUCUUGCGCGUUGGGCAUGUUGCUGCUAACUGGAACGGCUUACCUGGUCCAAACCUGGCGUCUCCUGGCGCUGAUCCUGGCCUUGCCCGGUCUGGCCUGUGUGCCACUGUGGUGGUUUCUGCCUGAGUCUCCUCGUUGGCUGGCGUGUCGUGGACAUCAGCGUGAAGCUGAAAUUCUGCUGAGGUUGGCGGCGCUGGAGAACCAUGUGGAAGCUCCACAAAUGAUCUUCCCUGCCAAGGUGGAUAACCCAGCAAGACACAAGUCCCUGCCCGGGGGGGUUUUGGACCUGCUGAGGAUGCAGAAAGUUCGCCACGUCACCCUCAUCCUGUGGUUGAUCUGGUUCUCCCUCAACAUCUGCUAUUUUGGCAUGUCUUUCAACAUGUCUGGUCUGUAUGGCAACCCCUUCCUCAACUACUUCCUGGUGUCUGUGGUGGAGCUGCCAGCGUACGCUGCUAGCUGGCUGGCGGUGCGUUGUCUUUAUCGCCGCCUGUCCUUCACUGGGUUCUCCUUACUAGGGGCGCUAGCGCUGAUGCUCAUCCAGAUAACCAUGAACAGUCAUCCAAAGGUAACCUUGAUCCUGGUUCUGGUUGGUAAAUUUGGCGUCCUGGCAGGCAUCAGUGUCUUGUACACUUACAGUGGUGAGCUAUACCCCACAGUGAUCCGGAACACGGCCAUGUCGUCCUGUGGCGCCUUCUCCAGAAUGGGUUCCUGUGUGUCACCUUACCUGCUGCGGCUGGCUGUGUUCUAUCAGUACCUGCCGUGGAUCAUUGUUGGUUCUCUGUCAGCCAUCAGCGUUAUUCUGUGUGUCUUCCUACCCGAGACCUUCAGCAGGCCGCUUCCAGACACGAUCCAACAGAUGGCACCCAUGCAGAGAUGUCCAUGCACGCCUUGUGGUGCAAAGCAUGAUGUGAUACCAGCAAGUGACUUUGAUCACGUCUGCUGACUGGCGCUGCUGUCUCAUGUUGUCCACUAGAUGGCGACAAUGAGCUACAAAAGCCUGAUUUUAUAUUUUCACAUGCUGAACUUUCCAGAUAUUUUAAAUAAACACAAACAUUGUGUAAUUUAUUUAAAAUUGUGAAUGUAUAUACGUUGGGAGUGGACUGAAAAAGACGCUAAAAAGAGAAUGUCAUCCAUCUAUCCACUUUUUGUACGGUUUGUCUUGCUGUACUAUGAUCGUGUCCUAUAAAUUUAAAGUUAGUUAAUAUCCCAUUUGUGUUUAAGUAAAAUAACAUUGUAUGUGUUUCUCAUGGGUUUGAAUUAGA